AAAAAAAAAUGACCAAGUCAUUUAUAGGUUAUUAUAGAUUUGAAGAAAGAAAAAAAAAAACAGCACUGCCACUUGUUCAUAUAGGAGUAACCUUUGGUAUAUCCAACAUCUAAACACCUUUCUUUGAUUAGUAUCUAGUUAAUUUGUCUGGUCCCCAUUUCACAUUAACCAUGAACCUCUAAUACAUCCACCCCAAGAAGAAAAACAACAUUUUUGCCUCAUACCCUUUUGUUGGUGACAAUUUGGUUACUUUUUCCUUUUGUCACCUUCUUGUUUCCUCUCCAUUUGUAGAAUAUUGAUCAUAUCCAAAAGUGGAUGAGGACACAUUGAAGAAGGAAAAACACAGAGAAUUAAUGUGUUACAUGAUCAAACCAUCAUCUAUUAUUCUCUUGUAAAGGUUUCUGUUACUUGAUUCACAAGUUACACAAGAAACCAAUCAAAAGGAGACAAAAAUAACAGUGUUAGUUAUUGUUCAUAAAAAAAAUCUGCAAAAAUGAAUGACUUAUUCUCAAGCUCCUUUAAGAAAUACAGUGACUUGAAAGAGCAAGCCUACAUUGAUGAUGUAGAAGCAGGAAAAGAAAGUAUCAACCUUGAUAAAUUCUUUGAAGAUGUUGAGAAUGUGAAAGAAGACAUGAGGCUAGUUGAGAAGCUUUAUAGAAAAUUGCAAGAGUCUAAUGAAGAAAGCAAAAUUGUCCAUAAUGCUAAAACAAUGAAAGAUCUUAGAGCAAGAAUGGAUAAAGAUGUUGAACAGGUUCUUAAAAGAGUUAAAAUCAUAAAAGGUAAGCUAGAAGCAUUAGAACGUUCCAAUGCAGCCAAUAGAAACCUUCCAGGUUGUGGUCCAGGUUCAUCAGCUGAUAGAACAAGAACUUCAGUGGUUAGUGGCUUGGGAAAGAAACUCAAAGACAUGAUGGAUGAUUUUCAAGGUUUAAGAGCUAGAAUGCAACAAGAGUAUAAAGAAACAAUUGAAAGAAGGUAUUUUACAAUAACAGGCGAGAAAGCUGAUGAAGAUACUAUUGAGAAUUUGAUAUCAAGUGGUGAAAGUGAAACUUUUAUGCAAAGGGCUAUUCAAGAACAAGGGAGGGGUCAAAUUAUGGACACUAUUUCUGAGAUACAAGAAAGACAUGAUGCUGUUAAGGAAAUAGAGAAGAAUUUGAUUGAGUUGCAUCAAGUUUUUUUGGAUAUGGCAGCACUUGUUGAGUCACAAGGACAACAAUUGAACAACAUAGAGAGUCAUGUUGCACAUGCUAGUUCUUUUGUUAGAAGAGGAACAGAACAACUUCAUGAGGCAAGAGAGCAUCAAAAGGAUUCAAGGAAAUGGACUUGUUAUGCAAUACUUCUUGGUAUUGUUCUCGUUAUUGUGAUUCUGUUUCCAUUUUUGAUGUCAAUUCUACCUCACUUGAUACUUUAGAAAGAAAAAAAGGGUCAAGUUCAUCAUUGAAGAAAGAAUAUUAAAAAGAGUUUUUGUUCAAGAAGCUAUAGAAUCCAUAUAUAGAACCAUGUUAUUCUGACUUUUUGUUUUUGUUUUUGGAUUUCCAUGGAACUGUAAUAGCAAGAGAGAACAAGUUCAAACAUGACAAUGACAACAUUGUAAUAGCAAGUUGACACAAGAUUUCUGUAAUCUUGAUCAGCUUUUAUUUUCUUUUUCUUUUCUCUUUUUUUAUUGUUCAUGCAUGUUUACUGACAAUGGUAGAAUAACUUUGAUAUGCAA